AUGUCGACCAUAACACAUACCAAGACCGACCAAGAUCUCAACAUUAGUAUCAAGAAGGCAACGAGUCCCGACGAAACGGCGCCGAAGCGUAAACAUGUACGGAGCUGUAUUGUGUAUACCUGGGACCAUAGGUCCUCCCAUGCCUUUUGGACCGGCAUGAAGGUCCAACCCAUUCUCGCCGAUGAAGUACAAACUUUCAAGGCCCUCAUCACCAUCCACAAGGUGCUCCAAGAAGGUCACCCUAAUACCCUCAAAGAAGCCAUGGCGAACCGUAGCUGGAUCGACAGCCUCAACCGCGGGGUUUCGGGAGACGGUAUUCGAGGCUACGGACAGCUUAUCCGAGACUACGUCAACUACCUCCUCGCCAAGCUCUCGUUCCACCGACAGCACCCCGAAUUCAACGGCACGUUCGAGUACGAGGAGUACCUCAGUCUCAAGGCCAUAAACGACCCUAAUGAAGGAUACGAGACAAUUACAGACCUUAUGACGCUGCAGGAUAGGAUCGACCAGUUCCAGAAGCUCAUCUUCUCCCAUUUCCGGCACGUGGGCAACAAUGAGUGUCGUAUCUCAGCGCUGGUGCCGCUGGUGCAGGAGAGCUAUGGAAUCUAUAAAUUUAUUACGAGCAUGCUGAGGGCAAUGCAUUCCUCCACCGGCGAUGACGAAGCCUUAGAACCGCUACGUGAGCGAUACGGCGCCCAACAUUACCGCCUAGUCAAGUUCUACUACGAAUGCUCGAAUCUACGAUACCUUACCAGUCUCAUCAGCGUCCCCAAACUUCCGCAGGACCCACCCAACCUCCUUGCCGUCGAUGACGAAGCUCCCGCGCUCCCCGCAAGGCCGAAGCAAGAGAUUGAGAGGGCUCCCUCACCGACUCCCGCACCGAAAAACGAUGCGCCAGAUGAGAUCAACGAAUUCUGGAAGAACGAGCUCGAUCGUCAAAACCGCGAAUACGAGGAGCAGCAGAGAAUCCUUCAAGAGAAGCAACAGCAAGCACUCCUAGCCCAGCAGCAGGCUCAACUGCAGGCCCAACGCGACUUCGAGGAGCAACAACGCAAGUUGGCUGAGCAGCAGCGACUAGAGCAGGAGCGUCUUCUGGCCCAGCAAGCGCAAUGGCAGACUCAGGGCCGACUAGCCGAGCUCGAGCAGGAGAACCUGAACGCCAGGGCCCAGUACGAGCGCGAUCAGCUUAUGCUACAGCAAUACGACCAGCGUGUCAAAGGACUUGAAGGCGAGAUACUGUCUCUCCAGGCCAACUACGGUCAGCAAAUCACUAGCAAGGACGAGCAGAUCCGCGCGCUGCAGGAGCAGGUCAAUACUUGGAGGUCUAAGUACGAGGCUCUUGCCAAGCUCUACUCCCAGCUUCGACACGAGCAUCUUGAUCUUUUGCAAAAGUUUAAAUCCGUACAGCUCAAGGCGGCCAGCGCGCAGGAGGCCAUCGACAAGCGCGAAAAGCUCGAGCGCGAGAUCAAGACGAAGAACCUCGAGCUCGCCGACAUGAUCCGCGAGCGCGACCGCGCUUUGCACGAGAAGGACCGCCUCAGCGGCGCUAACAAGGACGAGGUCGAGAAGCUCAAGCGCGAGCUGCGCAUGGCUCUCGACCGUGCCGACAACCUCGAGCGCAGCAAGGGCAACGAGCUGUCCGCUAUGCUGUCAAAGUAUAACCGCGAGAUCGCCGACCUUGAGGAGGCCUUGCGCAAUAAAUCGAGGGCCCUCGAAGACGUUCAGAACAAGCUGCGCGACGGCAGCUCGGACCUCGAGCAGCUGCUCCGCGAGAAGGAGGAGGAGCUCGAGGUAUACAAGGCGGGUAUGGACCAGACCCUUCUCGAGCUUAACGAGCUCAAGCAGAACCAUGGCGAGACCGACCAUGCGCUCGACGGCGAGAUUGACGCCAUCAUCUUGGCCAACCUGGACAAGAUUAACGACAUCAUAGACUCGGUGCUGCAGUCCGCCGUCCAUCGGGUGGAUGAGGCGCUGUACGAGCUGGACUCGACAAUGCAGGCAGGUAACCAGAACGCGUCGCCGACGUACGUGCUGUCGCAGAUCGAAAAGACGUCGGCGAGCGCGAUGGAGUUCGCCACGGCGUUCAACAACUUUAUCGCAGAUGGGCCCAACGCCUCGCACGCCGAGCUCAUCAAGGCCAUCAACGUCUUCGCCGGCGCCAUCGGUGACGUCUGCACCAACACCAAGGGCCUCCUCCGCCUCGCGGCGGACGACAAGCAAGGCGACAACCUCAUGGGUGGCGCGCGGCAGUCAGCGCAGGCGACGGUCCGGUUCUUCCGCGCCGUGCAGAGCUUCCGGCUCGACGGCAUGGACCCGAUCCAGAAGACGGACGUUGUUAUUAACAAUAACAACGACGUGCAGAUCAACCUGCAGAAGCUGAACAAGCUCGUGGAGACUUUUGCGCCGACGUUCGGCAAGCUCGUCGGUAAAGGCGACCUCGGUGACCUCGUGGACCAGGAGCUGUCGAAGGCGGCGGAUGCCAUCGCGGCGGCUGCGGCGCGCCUCGCCAAGCUCAAGAACAAGCCGCGCGACGGGUACUCGACGUACGAGCUGAAGGUGCACGAUUCGAUCCUCGACGCCGCGACGGCCAUCACGACGGCCAUUGCGCGUCUUAUCAAGGCCGCGACGGCGACGCAGCAGGAGAUCGUGCAGGCGGGCCGCGGCUCGUCGUCACGCACGGCGUUCUACAAGAAGAACAAUCGAUGGACGCAAGGUCUCAUCUCGGCAGCCAAGGCCGUAGCGUCGUCGACCAACACGCUCAUCGAGACGGCGGACGGCGUCCUUUCUGGGAGAAACAGCCCCGAGCAGCUCAUCGUGGCGUCCAACGAUGUGGCAGCCUCGACGGCGCAGCUCGUGGCGGCCAGCCGCGUCAAGGCGGGCUUCAUGAGCAAGAGCCAGGACGAGCUGGAGCAGGCGAGCAAGGCUGUGGGAGCGGCGUGUAGGGCGCUUGUAAGGCAGGUGCAGGCGAUUAUUAGGGAGAGGAAUCAGGAGGGGGAGGAGAAGGUGGAUUAUUCGAAGUUGGGGGCGCACGAGUUCAAGGUGCGCGAGAUGGAGCAGCAGGUCGAAAUCCUCCAGCUCGAAAAUGCUCUAUCGGCAGCUCGUAUCCGGCUCGGGGAAAUGCGCAAGAUUUCGUACCAAGAAGAGUAA